AUGACGCUCACCAAGGUUAGGGUCGUUAGAUUGGCCCACGUGGUGUACCAACACCCAGAUCUUGAGAAAGCAUUGUCUUUCCUCUUAGAUUUCGGCUUUGUUGAAGAGCAUCGUACGGCGAACAGAGUAUAUCUGCGAGGAUAUGGAGUCCAACCUUUCGUCUAUGUUGCAGAGCAAUCCCCCGACGACCGUAGGCAUUUCAUCGCAGGUUACUGGGUAGUCGAAUCGCCCGGUGAAUUGGAGAAGGCUGCAUCCAACCCCAGUGCUAGCCCCAUUCUCGACAGUGAAGCCCCCGGCGGUGGCAAAGUGGUCACCAUGACGGACCCCAAUGGCUUUACCGUUGGGUUUGUGCAUGGACAGAAAGUACGAGAGAGUGACGCCGUGCAUGGCCACCUUGAGCAGGAGCAGGACCCUCUAUCCUUCAACACAACCGACAACAAGCCUCGACGAGGUGUUUUCCGCAGAUUCAAGCAAGGACCGAGCCCUGUCCACAAGUUGGGGCACUAUGGCUUCGUGCUUCCCGCGAGCAAAUUUCAGUCUACUCUCGCUUGGUAUCUGAGUCUCAUGAAUCUCAAGCCAAGUGACAUUGUCUUCAAUCCUGAGACUGGCUUGGACGAAACUGUCUUCAAUCACAUCGACCUUGGGAAGACGUACACAGACCAUCAUAGCCUUUUCUUUGCUGCCGGGCCAGAACAUGCCCCGCCUCAUGUCCACCACUCAAGCUACGAGGUUUUUGACUUUGACACCCAAACAUUGGGCCACGACUUGUUGCGUUCGAAGGGGUGGACCAAUUGUUGGGGUAUCGGACGACACGUCCUUGGGAGUCAGAUUUUUGACUACUGGUUUGAUGGUUCUGGAAAUAUUGUUGAGCAUUAUUCGGAUGGCGAUCUUGUCAAUGAAGACACCCCGACUUCAAGAGAACCGGCUGCACCUAAUACUUUGUUCAUCUGGGGCCCCAAUAUUCCGCUGGCCUUCCUGUCGGGCAAGGUUGAGGAUGCAGGAAAGGAGCUCCCGAAACCACCAGAUGCAGUCCAAGCGGCGCCUGCUCAGUUUCCAGUAGCGGCAGCCUAA